AUGGCUACAGUGUCGUCUGAACCUCCACCACGCGGACUCAAAGGCAAAGUCGCGAUCGUGACCGGAGCAGGUUGCGAUGGUGAUGGAAUUGGGAACGGGCGUGCGAUAUCGAUCAUGCUCGCCGAUGAGGGCUGCCAUGUCCUCUGUUUGGAUCUGAACAUGGAGUGGGCUCAGAAGACUGCAGAAAUGGCAGCUUCAAAACCGCAUCGCGGAAGAGCUAUCGCGAUUCAAGCCGAUGUCACCAAGGCCAAUGACUGCGAGGCUGCAGUAGCCAAAGCAAUGCAAGAGUUCGGCAAGCUGGACAUACUGGUGAACAACGUCGGUGUCAGCGGUGCAUCAGGAACGGCGGUUGAUGUCGACAUGGAAGCUUGGGCGAAAGGACUUGAGAUCAAUGUGAGCAGUAUGGUGCAGAUGGCGAAGUACUGCAUACCGGCUAUGCAGAAGAACGACGGCGAAACGAAAGGCAGCAUCGUCAACAUGGGUUCUGUCGCUGGACUGAAAGGCGGCACACCACAUCUUUUGUAUCCGACCAGCAAAGGCGCGGUGGUGAAUAUGACAAGGGCGAUGGCUGCGCAUCAUGCGACCGACGGUAUCAGGAUGCUGUACACGCCGAUGAUGUACGCAGGUGGCAUGAGCGAAGAAGCCCGAGAAGCGCGAAAGAAGAGAAGUCUGCUAGGCACGGAAGGCAAUGGAUGGGAUGCUGCAUGUGCUGUGACUUUUCUGAGUUCAGAUCAUGCGAGAUGGAUAACGGGUGCGGUGUUGCCUGUCGACGCCGGUGCGACAGCCGCAGUAGGGAUCGGUAUGCCAAAGAGCGCCAGUGUCAACGGCUAG